UACCUCUCCUCAGAUAAGGAUGGCUCUCCAGACGAAGGCCCUGGUCAGCUCCAGGUGGCUGGCGCAGGCCCUGCUGGCGCCGCGUAAAGUGCGCGUCUUGGACGCGUCUUGGUAUUUACCCAAACUGCGCAAAAACGCAAAGAGCGAGUUCAAGAAGCGGCACAUCCCGGGCGCAGCGUUCUUCGACAUCGACCAGUGCUGCGACAAAACCUCCCCCCUGGACCACAUGCUGCCCCGGGAGGAGGUCUUCGCGGACUACGUGGGGAAUCUGGGCGUCGGGAGCGACACGCACGUCGUGGUGUACGACGGCAGCGAGUUCGGCGCCUUCUCCGCGCCGCGCGUGUGGUGGAUGUUCCGGGUGUUCGGGCACGGCCGGGUCUCCGUGCUCGACGGGGGGCUGAGGAACUGGGAGCUGGAGGGCCAGCCGCUCAGCGACCGGUACGCCAGACCCGCACAGGCCGAGUUCCGGGCCUCCCUGAACCGAUCCUGGAUCAAGACCUACGAGGACGUCCUGGUGAACCUGGACACCAGGGAGUUCCAGCUGCUGGACGCCAGGCCGACCGGCAGGUUCCGGGGACUGGAGCCUGAACCCAGAGACAACAGGGAGCCGGGCCACAUCCCCGGCUCCAUCAGCGUCCCCUUCCCGUCCUUCCUGUCGCCGUCGGGCCACUUCCUGCCCCGGGAGCGGCUCCGGGCGCUGUUCGCCCGGGCCGGCGUGGACCUGCGGCGGCCCGCCUGCGUCCUGUGCGGCUCCGCCGUCACCGCCUGCCACGUGGCGUUGGCGGCCCACGAGUGCGGGCACCCCGGCGUGGCGGUGUACGACGGCGGCUGGUCGGAGUGGUUCACCCGGGCGGCGCCCGAGCACGUCAUCUCCGAGGGCCGCGGGAAGCACCUGUGACGGGCUCAGCAGACGUCUCCAGACAAACGUGAAGACAUGAACAGGAAGAGAGUGAGGCAUUCUGGGACAUCUCUGAAUUCUCAGUUUCAGAAACCGUUUGCUCGACAAUGUUUUCAAGUGAAAACACAAAACUGUCAUUUGGGUCAAAAAACAACUUUUCAAAAUCGCUGCGACUGUUUCUGUGUAAACGGGGGAAAACGUGACUUUCCUGAAGCUCUGCGGCUGCGAACCUCGGCUGGAGGACAUGGUUCCUCUCAUGUCCUCGUCGAUGGACAUUAACAACGUUUCCGUCCAGACUGUCGUGACUCCCAGUCGGACUCAUACAAAUGUUCUCGCCGUUGUUAAUGUUUACAGCAAACUGAAGUCAGUAUAUUUUAUUUUCACAGAACCAACAGCACCUCCUCCUGGCCGAUCAGGCUAACUACACCGUGAUUCAGUGUCACUGUUCUCAUGUAAAUGUCGAACUUCUCAGAAACAAGAAUGCAAAAAUGAUGUGUUUUCACUGGAAUAGUUGUGGUUUAAACAGCUCUGUGGCUCCUCCAAUCAGAGGAAAGUCAUUCUGGGUUUUUGCAAAUAAAGAACAGAAAAAUGAAAUGAAGGUUUUGAUUCUGUAUUUAGCUGUGUGUCAGAUUCUGGUUUGCUUCUUCUCUUCUUCUUCUCU